AUGUCUAAAAUUUUCACUGCUCUACCUUUUUUGAGAAUUGGGAUAACACUGUUUAAAUUUUUUGAGCAACAGAGAGCUGCUUUGGUGGUGCAUAAAAAUCUUCACAUCAACGCCAACGCGCGAGUUUUAGAGUCUCGAGGAUACCUUGGAGUUGACGAGAACCCCAGAUCUCGAUCCCGAUCGCCGGCGGCGAUGGCGAUCUCCACCACCGCUGUGCGUAUCCUCCUCCUCCUCCUCCUCACCGUCAUCGCCCUUUCCUCCGCCGAGAUCCGCACCACCGUGGUGAAAUCCGACGCCACCCCCAUCAUCCCCUUCGACGACUUCGGCUUCUCCCGUUCUGGCGUCGUCGAGCUCUCCAUCUCCGGCUUAUCCUUCUCCGACCUCAGCCUGUCUCAUGCCUCCUUCUCCCGGCUUGGCUUCUUCCUUUCGACCCGCGAUGCCUGGAUGCAUGUUUACCAGAAGCUUCAGGAUGGAGAGAUCUCUUGCGCCCUCGACACCAAUCUUGUCGAGAAUGUCUUCAUCUUUGAUGCCCUCCCCUCACCGACCCCCAAUUCGAUCUCGGCCUCCUUCAACCAGACUGAUGCUGGCCAGUUCACUCUCCUCUUCGCCAACUGCGUCCCUAAUCUCCGAGUUUCCAUGUCCGUCAAGUCCUCUAUGUUCAACGUUGACCAGAUAUCCGGCCGGCGAACUUACCUUUCCGUCGGUGCCGCCGUUCUCCCCCGCAUCUACUACUUCUUCUUCUUAGUCUAUGCCUGCCUUGCCGUUCUAUGGAUCAUUGUCCUCCGGCGCAACCGCUUGACCGCUCUCAGAAUCCAUUACUUCAUGCUCGCCGUGUUAGCCCUCAAGGCCCUCAACCUCCUCUGCGAGGCAGAGGACAAGUCCUAUAUUAACCGCACUGGAAGCGCUCACGGGUGGGAUGUGCUGUUCUACAUCUUUAGUUUCCUCAAGGGUAUCACGCUGUUCACUCUGAUCGUGUUGAUUGGGACCGGGUGGUCUUUCCUUAAGCCGUACUUGCAGGGGAAGGAGAAGAAGGUGUUGAUGGUGGUGAUCCCGCUCCAGAUUUUGGCGAAUGCCGCACAGGUGGAGCUUGACGAGACAGGGAAAUUCGCCCCGGCUUGGGUCACUUGGAGAGAGGUUUUCUUGCUUGUUGAUGUUAUUUGCUGCUGUGCUGUGCUUUUCCCCAUCGUUUGGUCGAUCAAGAACCUCCGGGAGGCUGCAAGGACUGAUGGGAAGGCUGCUGUCAAUUUGAUGAAACUGACUCUAUUCCGGCAGUACUAUGUGGUGGUCAUCUGCUACAUUUACUUCACUAGAGUGGUUGUGUAUGCACUGAGCACCAUCACUUCCUAUCGGUACUUCUGGACUAGUGCCAUUGCUGCAGAGCUUGCUACUCUGGCUUUCUAUGCCUUCACGGGGUAUAAGUUCAAGCCUGAGGUUCGCAAUCCUUACUUUGCAAUUGAUGAUGUGGAGGAAGAGGCUGCUGCGGAGGCACUGAAGCUGGGUGAUGAGUUUGAGUUGUAGUCACGAGCACUGGUCUUAUUACCCCGUUGAUAAUCUUGCUACGAGACUGGAACUUCUUCCUGCUUGGAGAGAGAUGAUGGUAUACUUCUUGACCUACUGGGAGGUUUAGAUAUUGUUUGAUAUUACCUUUUACAUCCUUUUUCUUCACCUCUUUUCUGCAGUUGUGUCCUUCAAUUCACCUGUGGAAAAGCAUGGAACUCUUGUUUAAUUUUACCCUAUAGUGUGCAAUAUCUUCUUUAUAUCA